AUGAGCGACGACGACGAGCCAGCGAGCGAGCGAGCGAACGAGCGGCCUAGCAGGAGAGGCAAACCAGCCAAGCCGGGACGGAUGGGAGGCAUGGGCAAAAAUGGGUGGGUUGGCGGGCGGGCGGGCGAGUGCACGCCAGCCGAGCUCGGCGGAGGCGGGGAGGGCGAGCAGCAGCCCACCGAACGAGGGCUAUUCGCUUCGCUUGCCGCUCCGACCCGCAAGCUUCCAGGCGGCGUGCGCGGUGACGUCACCCCGCCCGCCGUGCGCACCCCCGCGACGCGCGGGGGGUGCAGCAGGGCACGCGCAGGUCUCCGCGCCCGCAAAGCAGAUGGCGUGCGGGAGAGCCGCAGCGAGCACCACCACACAGAGAUUAUCCAUCCGCCGCAGCCUCCGGGACAGGACGCGCACCACCCACCCGCAGCAGUGGCGCAAAUGUCGUGGACGGCGGCCCUUCUCGCGGCUCACCUGCUCGUCAUCACAGUUUGUCCAACGAGCGGCAUCAACUGCUACACAUGCUCGUCGGUGAACGGCAGCAACGUCAACUGCGAGGACCCUUUCAACCCUGACCCGUCCGAGUACAAGGUGAAGUGCAUGGUGCCCAAGCAGGGCCACGUCGGAGUCUUCCCGGCCAACUUCUGCAUCAAAAUUCGAGGCACAAACGUGGAGACGUCGUCGAUGAUGUACAUCAGGGCGUGCGCCAUGAAGACGAUGGACUCGCAGUGCGGCGUUUUCAAGUACCAAGACGCCGCCAUGACCGGCUGCAUCCUGACGUGCGACUACGACGGUUGCAACUCGGCCUCUGUGGCCACAACGACGGCCACCCUGCUGGCCGCCCUCCUCGCACUCCAGCGGCUCAGCUGCUAAGACAAGCAAUCAAAGUCUCAUGUCGGGAACAAAGAAUCGCGGUGUUUAAUGCCGCAGAAACGGACUGCUUGGCUGCCUCGUUUUUCACUCUGCAUUCGUUUCUUUAGAUGGAUAAAAAUCGGUGGAGUUUUUUAGACAAAUUUCUUGACGAGAAUUAUUUUCAAUAACAAACGGAGGAAACUUGAAGUUUUUAGGCAUCAAAAAUUAAAUACUGCCAAUUCAAUUAUCAUCUUCUACUCGCAAUACUCACACUAUUUACCCAAUUUUAGCUCGUGAAUCGAGAGAAUCUAAAAUAGGAAAGAUAUUUAUUGUAAAAAGAUAACAUCUGCCUUCCAUAUAAUAAAAUUUAUCUUGGUACGAAACCGGA